CAAAAUGUACCAAAUUUUAAACAACCCAGUUUUAACCUAAAACCCACCAAUAAUUACCAACCACAAUAUAUUCGCAACCCAAAACGUCCCGAUCAGAUGGGGUCGUCAUCCGCGAAGCGGAACUCCCUCCCAGCAUCGCGACGUCAUCGACUAUCGGACGGGUUACAUUCGAUCGCAUCUUCGCUCUCCCUCUGGCCGGGUGAGAUGACCGCCGAGCAGCAACAGUACCAACAGCAGCAGCAGCAGCAACACAUGCAUCACUUUCAGCACUACAUUCGCAGCGACUAUGGCAGCGACAGUGUUAGCUUGAACUCCAAACUCCGGCACUACUCGCUAACGGAAACGACCAGCUUCGGUGGGCGCCGGAUUGGUGGCGCUAGUGGCGGUUUCAGCACGGGGAUGGCCCAGCCUUCACCCGCCCGGCACAUCAAUGGCCGCAGCUGUUCCUACGGGUCACUGCAGUAGGUUAUGCAAAGAUCAUUGACGGGAAUGUAAUCUCACUUCAUUAGUUCUAAAUGUCGGUUUUAAAGUAUCUGUUCAAUUUGAACAUCUCGGUGAAAAAGGAUGAAGUAGUGGAAAAUUGGUUGAUUAAAUUGUUUGAAGUACCGUACAACGAGGUAACUUUGAUAGUUUUUUGGAAGAAAAGCAGAUUAUUUCUGAAUUUUGUUUGGAAGAUUUUUGUAUUGAAGUUUUAAAAAAUACUGGUACUUUUGUA